AGCAGCAGAAGCAGAAGCAGCAGAAGCAGAAGCACCAGCGCCAUGGUUUCCUUGAUGCUCCCCCAUCCUCCGCGUCGCAUGCCCCCGUCCUCUUUCCCUUGCAUCAGACUCGCCGGCACCGCUCCGUCAAAACGCAGGAAAUGCACCCGCAACGCACCAGGGAGCCUCAGGCAGAUACUCACACAUCGAAAUCCCAUGCCGAGUCGUCUUCGGAUCCUGGUCCGCCCGCCAACGGCAUCGGCACGUUUCCGCUGCUCCAGAUUUUCCUGCUCGAUGGCAUGGAGGGCUUGGUUUCGCUCCCGAUACUGGCCAAGCUGGCCGUCCUCAACUCGGUCUUUCAUCAGCACAUCAGCGGUAGCCCAAUCUACCAGCACCUGUGGAGAAAUGCCAUCCUCAAGCAUCUGCAGGGCCGCAGCACCAUUGUGUUCUACAACAGCCACAUCCGAUUCUGGUUUGCUCUUGGACGACAGCCCGACACCCACUCUUGGCCAGUUAUCUGUGCUCCGUCGGCCCUCGACCGGCUUGCCAGCGCUGGGCUUUCACACGCCCUAUGCAUCCAACUUGAAGACGUUCAUCUCUCCAGUCUCUCGGGAAUCCCGUUCCGUCGGUCGCUCCGCAUCUCGGAUCUGCGGCUCUCGGGGAACUUUUUGGACUCGGUUCCGUCGGAAACCCUCGAGGAGCUGCCGCAGCUCCAGAAGCUAAACCUGUCCAAAAACACUCUGACAUCGCUGCCGUCCACGCUAGGCCUGCUCAUCCAUCUCAAGGAGCUCAAUCUAUCCCAGAAUCAGCUCACGUAUCUGCCUGAGGAGAUUGGCUGUCUCACCAAGCUCGAGGUUCUGAACGUUUCCAACAACUGCCUCUCCAGCCUCCCGCAGUCGCUCGGCUGUCUGGAAAGCCUCCAGUCGCUCGAUCUAGCAGCCAGUCGGUCGGUUCCGUUGCAAGGAAGGCGGGGUUCAUCCAAUGCACAUGUUUCCUCGUGGAUACCAGACUCUCUCGGAGCGCUCAGGUCGCUGAGGCACUUGGACCUUUCAUCGAACCGUCUGGGCCACCUGCCCACGGCCCUCUGCGCGCUCUCAUCGCUGCUGGUGCUCUCUAUUCGCAGCAAUCUGAUCGAAAGCCUUCCGGACUCGAUAGGACGGCUCCGCGAUUUAUGUACGCUGGAUGCAUCCAUGAACCGCCUUUCGACGCUGCCGAAUGAGAUCGGACGUUUGGGCAACCUUGAGGAGCUGGACCUGGCUCACAACCAGCUGCAUGCACUGCCAUCAUCAUUGGGCCAACUCGCUGCGCUCACGUACCUGGAUGUGUCCUCGAAUCGUAUCAAGAGCCUGCCCUCUGAGCUCCGGAAUCUCCAUGGCUUGGAGAUUGUCUAUGCCCAUAACAACCAACUCUCGCCGGGAACCGCCACGAGCCAGCCCUUUUCCGUCAUCCUCUAGCCGGCGCUCCGGCCCGAGUAAACAGAAUACCCGGACACUACGUCAAUAUAGUGGGCUCGAUACCUGGUGACCCGCAGCAGCAGGCUUCCGGGCAUGUCCAUUGGCACUGUCGGAGGGGAUUGGGCCGAGGCGCCCACAUCGACCCUCGGGUUGGGCAGGUUGGACUGGAUGUGGCGCCGAUCUGUGACUUUCGCGUGACCCCGGCUUCCCAUGCCAAACGGCUGCACCUGCC